CCAAGCCUGAGAGAAUGGUUUGGGCGGCAAUCGAGGGAUUGGCGAGAUGAGCUCGGUGGGCGCGGCGAUAUGAACACAAUGAGAGGAGGACGCGAUCCCCGAGCCGUUUUGGAUGUCUUGAUAUGGAUUUCCAAAGGCCCUGGUGCUGACAUCUAUGGGAUAAACUUAGUUUAA